UCCAAUCACGGGGCGGUCCGCAGCGCCCGCACCGAGCGGCCGGAGCGGGUCCGGGCAGCGGAACCGGGGGCGUCGGGACGGCCCGGGGCGCUGCCAUGGCCGCGGCCUGGCAGGACGUGGUGCGGGACGCGGCGGCCGUGCGGGACGCGGCGGCGGUGGCGGUGGACGCGGCGCUGCUGGCGGGGGUGCUGAUGCGGACCGGCGAGCAGCCCAACGCCUCGGAUGAGGUGAAUUAUGCCCCCUUCACGCUGCUCCCGUCCGCAGUGCCACGGGCCUUGUUUGAGCAAGCCUACGCUGUCCAGCAGGAUUUUAACCUGCUGGUGGAUGCUGUCAGUCAAAACAAAGAAUUCCUGGAGCAAACUCUGGCCAGCACCAUCAAGGUAGAUGACUUCACAGCUCAACUCUUCAGAAUCUACAUGCAGGUUUUGGAGGAAGGCUUGGCUCAGACUGUAGUUUUGGGCAUCAACCGCUCGGAUUACAUGUUUGACUGUGGGCUGGAUGGCACAGCAGCUCUGAGGCAGAUAGAAAUAAACACCAUUGCUGCCAGCUUCGGGGGGCUCACCUCCCGCACCGCCGACGUCCACAGGUUGGUGUUGAAAGUGCUGGGGAAGAGUGAGGAGGCAUCACAGCUGCUGGCCAACAACCCAGCGAAGGGGCUGGCCUUGGGAAUUGCCAAAGCCUGGGAGCUCUAUGGGUCCCAAAGAGCUGUGGUGAUGUUUCUGGUGGAGGAAGUCCAGAGGAAUAUUUUUGAUCAGCGUUGUGUAGAAAAUGAGCUUUGGAACAGGAACAUCCGUGUGGUGAGGAAGCGGUUCCGGGAUGUGUUUGAGCAGGGCUCCCUGGAUGCCAGCAGGAGGCUGUAUAUGGACGGCCAGGAGGUCGCAGUGGUGUAUUACAGAGAGGGCUACGUGCCCCAGGUCUACAACGAGCAGAACUGGGAGGCGCGGCUGCUGCUGGAGAGGUCCCGGGCAGUGAAGUGCCCUGACAUUGCCACGCAGCUGGCGGGCACCAAGAAGGUGCAGCAGGAGCUCAGCAGGCCAGGGACGCUGGAGAAGCUGCUGCCCGGCCACCCCGAGGCCGUCGCUCGGAUCAGAGCCACCUUUGCAGGACUCUACUCCCUGGAUGAGGGUGAAGAGGGUGACAGAAUGGCUGCCACAGCCAUCGCUCACCCCGACCGCUUCGUGCUGAAGCCUCAGCGUGAAGGUGGAGGGAACAACCUCUAUGGUGAAGAGCUCAGGGAGGUUCUGCAGAAGAUCAAAGACAGCCCUGAGAGAACCUCCUACAUCUUGAUGGAUAAGAUCAAACCCCAGCCAGCACUGAAUUACCUGCUGAGGGCUCACAGUCCCCUCCGAGUGUCCGAGUGCAUCUCCGAGCUCGGCAUCUUUGGUGUCUAUGUCAGGCAGGGCAGGGAGCUGGUGCUGAACCAGGCCGCCGGGCACCUGCUGCGCACCAAGGCCACGGAGCACGCGGACGGCGGCGUGGCAGCCGGGGUGGCCGUGCUGGACACGCCGUUCCUGGUGUGAGGAGCCACAGCCCCACCCUCCUCUCUGCUGCCUCAAGAGCUGAUCUGCCCCAGGGAUUUCUCCUUAGGGUGCUUGCUGAGGUCCGGCCGCUGGAGGCUGUGAGGAGGGACUGUGUGAUGCAGCUGCUCAGAGGUCCUGGGUGCCAGCCCCAGCUUCUUCUGGUGAUUCCCCCUCCAGGAAGAAGGAUUCCCUUGCUCUGCCUGCUCAGGGGGCCCUGCCCUGGGCACAGCCUAGCUGUGACUCCCAGGACUGCAGGGUUCUGGAUGUUCCCUUGGGGCCUGGCCUGGGGGCAGGGGGAUAUGGAGCAAAGGUGCCACUAGAAGCCUUUGUGCUGCUCCCACCUCUGAGCUCCUUAUGCUGCAUGGUUUCUGGAGACAUACACAGCCUAAGGAAUGAGAGGAGAAAGGUGGAUGGGCAAGUAUCAGCCUUUAUCUUCAUCCAGUGCCUCAGUGCUCUCCAGCUUAAAGAGGAGAGCCCAGCUCCACGCACCAUGGCCCCUCCUUCCCAUGCUGCUGCUAUCCUGACUUCUGUUUUCCCCUGUGCCUGAGGAUCCUCAGGGUUCCCGCACCAGGCACAGCUGCCCUGGGUAAUUUGCCCAAGGGCCUCUUGCUUUUGCUUUGCCCAACUCCUGUUUUAUUUUACUGGGUGUCUCUGUGCCACACAGGGCAGGCAGCAAUGCAGGGACCAGGGCAGGCUCCUGCUGCCUCCUGCAGCCCUGUCCAACAGAUCUCCACAGGCUGGUGUAAGAAUCCCUCAGAGAUGGAGGCAGCUCUCAAGACAGCAGUGAAUUGGAGCUUUGUGUGUGUUGAUAAAUCCCAAAGCACUCUGGAUUUGUGCCAGUGCAUCCCACUGCAAAUCAAAUACUGAGCAUCUUCCUGCCAGGGAGCCCCAGCCUUGGGAAUGCUCCUGCUGAGACUGAGAGCUCUGUGGUGAGGAAGUGAAGGAAUUGCAGGGGAGGCUGGGCAGCGCAGCCCCAGCUCCCAGCACCUUACUCUGGGACCAGCACCAGCAGAGGGGGAGACUCCCUCCAGGUUUUAUGGAUCAGUGGGAACAGCGCAGCAGUGGAGGGGUGUGGGCUCUCCUGCUCAAGGUCUUCUGCCUCUUCCUCCAGCCCCUUCCCUCCUCAGCCCUGAAAGCUGCACCUUUCUGGCAGCGAAGAGCCCGGGCAGCCUCAGCCCAGCCCUGUCAGUUACACAGAACCAGCACAGAGGCAGAAUUCCUGCAGAAUGGAUGUGCUGAGUGGCAGAACCAGCACAAAGGCAGAAUUCCUGCAGAGCGGAUGUGCUGAGUGACAGAAGCAGCACAAAGGCAGAAUUCCUGCAGACUGGGUGUGCUGACAGCCCUGCUGGCUCUUUGCUGCUGUGGCAUCAAUCACCAAUCGGUCACCUGGGAAACUGCUCCUUUCUCCAAGUGUGACUGAAACUGGGCUUCCUGGGUGUUUUGUUGGGGGAUUGAUUACCCCAAGCCAGAGAUUAAAAGGAAUGUGCAAUCUGA